CCUAAUGCCAACAAAAAUGAGAGGGCGAGUCCAUUAAUAGCAUUCGGUAGUCUCAAGACAAGUUUCGUAAGAUGAGGAGUGAGGAAGCAUACAAACACAUGCAUGUAUUAAUUUAAAGUAAAAAAAAAAGAAGUACAAAUUGCGUAUAGUAUGUCGUCGUAUAAAUACAUUAGGAUAUACUUAGAUUCACAUGGUAGAAGCGAGCUUACGUACUGGUAACGAAACCAUGCAUGGGUGAUUAAGUAGUGAGAGUUUCUUUCUCUUGUCUCAGUGUGAUCUGUUCUAGGGAUGCUUCACCAUGUCUCAUGUUUCGCAAAUGGUUUGACUCCACCUUCAUUUAUUGUUUUCUUUACAAAUAAAAUUACUUAAUGCACAAUGGAAUCUCGUGAGCAACUCUUUAUGAUUUAAUUAGUAUGGGGACUUAGUUAUGCGAUGGUGAUUCGUUGAUUUUCUUAACUAUAGUAUUAUAGAAUUGUAUUUGCGUACACCAAAAUCAAAAGUCAGCCUAUUUUAUUUUGAGCAUUUAAUGCGGGAGGGAACAAGACAAAUUAACCAGAGAUCAAGUUCUACAUUUGCACAUGAUGUUAGAUAUUUCUUUAAUGUUAAUCUGCAAUUCCCAACGUCAAACCUCUAAACACACAUAUCCAAAAGAAUAUGUAUUCAUCAUUCCUGACCAAGUCUUCUGCUACUGUGCAGCCUUGGCUUUCGUGUGUAUCAAUCAACUACUUGAACGAUAGUACUUGAGUCACUUCAACAACUCACUUUAGAUUAUACUAUAUUGUUGAAUAAACGUUGUUACUACAAAACAUUAUGUUGCAUUGGCUGUUCUCGUUCUUUUAACUGAAUGUUUCAUUAUAAUUCUGACCGACACUAUUUAAGUAAUCAGUGUGGCUGUACUCUUGCCGACAAAGAAAUGGCAAUUUAAGGAAAAUUCUAGUAUACAUUUCCAUUAUAAUUAAUCUCAAUUAAAAAUGUAAAAGUUCUCUAAAGGCAAGCAUUUGCAUGAAGUACGCCGCAAAAUAGCUUAUGGAGGCUUCCGUGUGAUGCAUGGGGAUUCACGUUGUCCACGCUGACAAACUUAUUAAUAAAAUACUAACACGUAAUGAAUAUCUCUUACUUUUUAUUGUAUUUAAGACUGGACUUACGUCGAACCUUGAAACAUAGACAAAUCGAAAUCUUGAGAGAGAUCAAGAUUUGCUUCUAUUUGCCUUGCAAAAAUGAAACUGACUAGUCUCCUACAAUGUAAGUUAUUCAUAGGAAGCUUGUUGUUUUGGCUGGGCUCUCUUUUGGUCAGUGCAGAAGAUCCAUAUCUGUUCUAUACUUGGACUGUUACUUAUGGAACAAGAUCUCCUUUAGGUGUUCCUCAACAGGUUAUUCUUAUCAAUGGACAGUUCCCUGGUCCAGCGAUUGAAGCUGUCACAAACAACAACAUUGUUGUUAAUCUCAUUAACAAGCUCGACGAACCUUUCCUCAUCACCUGGAAUGGAGUUAAGCAGAGGAGGACAUCGUGGCAAGACGGAGUAUUGGGAACAAACUGUCCCAUCCAACCAAACUCGAACUGGACUUAUCAGUUUCAACUUAAAGACCAAAUCGGCACUUACACUUACUUCGCUUCCACGUCGAUGCACAGAGCCAGUGGUGCUUUUGGUGCUCUCAACAUUAACCAGAGAUCCGUUAUUACCACUCCUUAUCCUACCCCAGAUGGCGACUUCACCCUCCUCGUCACUGACUGGUUCAAAAUGAGCCACAAGGAUUUGCGAAAGCGGCUUGACGCAGGCUAUGCACUUCCUCUUUCUGAUGGUCUUCUAAUCAAUGGUGUUUCUAAGGGUUUAAUCUUUACUGGUGAACAAGGCAAAACAUACAAGUUUCGGGUAUCAAAUGUCGGUAUAGCAACAUCGAUAAACUUUAGGAUUCAAGACCACACAAUGAGCCUCAUUGAAGUAGAAGGCGCUCACACUCUUCAGGAAACCUAUGAGUCGCUUGACGUCCACGUUGGUCAGUCCGUGACCGUCCUGGUCAACUUAAAAGCUUCAGUGAGAGACUAUUACAUCGUUGCUUCGACCCGGUUUACCAAACCUAUACUAAACACAAACGCGAGUCUUCGUUACCUAGGCUCCAAAAACGCUGUCUCUGGCCCCCUUCCCGUUGGUCCAACUUACCAUAUCCACUGGUCCAUGAAACAAGCAAGAACCAUCAGGAUGAAUUUGACGGCAAAUGCUGCAAGACCAAACCCACAAGGUUCAUUUCAUUAUGGUACCAUACCGAUAAACCGGACUCUAAUCCUAGCCAAUGCGGCUACGAUGAUCUACGGGAAGCUUCGGUACACGGUAAACCGGAUAUCAUACAUCAAUCCAGAAACACCGUUGAAACUUGCCGAUUGGUACAACAUUUCGGGCGUGUUUGAUUUCAAGACAAUGCUUGAGAGAUGUCAAUCUAACACUCCUACGAUCGGACCAGCUCAUUUUGGUACAUCAGUUUUCGAUGUUGAGCUGCACGAGUUUGUUGAAAUUAUUUUCCAAAACGACGAGAGAUCAAUUCAAUCUUGGCACAUGGAUGGUACUAGCGCCUUUCUGGUUGGAUACGGGUCAGGGACAUGGAAUGUGACCAUGAGGAAACGUUACAACUUGGUUGAUGCUGUUGCAAGGCACACUUUUCAGGUGUAUCCAUUAUCAUGGACAAGCAUAUUGGUGUCGUUAGAUAACAAAGGAAUGUGGAACUUAAGAUCACAGAUAUGGUCGAGGAGAUAUUUAGGACAAGAGUUAUACGUUCGCGUUUGGAACGAUGAGAAGUCUAUCUACACUGAAGCUGACCCACCUCUUAACGCUCUUUAUUGCGGCCAAGCCAAACGCCCUCGUUAGAUAUGAUAUAUUCCACAUAUACUAUUAUUGUUUUUUUUCUUUGUUUACUUAGGUCAAAAUGAAGGGUGUUUUUUUCAAAAGUGAGAAUAAGGAAAAAAAUACAAACGUAACCAAUACGUAAACCUCAUUGAUUUUUUCAAUAAACAGACAAAAUACAAAGGAAGACUUUUUUCCUGUCU